AUGAAAUCGAUUAUUUUGAUAUGUAUCGCGAUUAGUUUGGUACCGGUUGCGCUAGGAAAAGGCGGGCGAUAUUCCAGACUGCAAACGGAUCCGCUAUCGAAGACAAGAUGUGACUUAAUAUGUCUUGAUGCAAGCAAAGAGACGAAGACAAAGUGUCGAUCAGAAUGCCGGGCACGAGAACUGAAACCCGGGACCUGCCCCAAGUCAGACAGCCCAAGGUGGCAGGCUGCAUGUGUGGAGGCAUGUAACCAGGACUCUCAAUGUGAUGGUACCCAGCGAUGCUGCAAGUUGGGCUGCAGCUCAUCUUGUAAUGAACCGGUUGACUUGCAUACAAUACCAGGUCUUCCUGCACUCCCAACAAUGGAAGAAGCGAAAGAAAGACGACGCUCGAUUCUAGUGAAAUGGUCAGAUGGUGUUGGUGACUCUGCUAGAGCGGUCCCGGGUAGAGUUCUCUACCUUCUAGAAGAACAGCAUCACUUAGGGCCGAAGUAUGAAGAAGCCAGGCUGGGCGACUGGAACUUGAUUGCGAGAACUAAUAAAACAAAAGUAUCUUUAAAAAAUCUAUUGAAACCGGGUCGUUGGUAUCGGUUUCGAGUGGCUGCAGUCAGUGCUUCUGGAACCAGAGGGUUCUCGGAGCCAAGCGCGUCCUUUACACCACGAAAGGGACCAAGACCCCCGCCUCCACCGAAAAAGUUAAAAGUACGGCCCGUUCGAUCCCAAAAUGGUACAGUCACGGUAAAGUUGGAAUGGAAGGAACCUCGUUCAGAUUUACCGGUGAUGAAAUAUAAAGUGUUCUGGAGUCGACGGGUGCGAGGCUUGGGUGGCGAACUGGAUUCAGUGCUUGUUAAUCAUCAGACUGUACCAAAGGAACAAAAUUACGUAGAAAUAAAUGAUCUACAGCCCAACUCGUUGUACUUUUUCCAAGUUCAAACAAUAAGCUUAUUUGGAUUGGGAAAACUCCGCAGUGAAAAGGCUGUUAUUUUCUACAACACAACUAGUGGCGCAGGCGAAAGACCACCGGAAUCACUACAAAAACGAAAAGACAAUAAGAAAAUUACAGGUGUGAGAUUAAACAGGUUUCUAUGGGAAGACCAUAGAGUAAAAGCAAGAAUUGCAUGGCAACCCAUAGGCGCAGCAAAGGAUAAACAACCGAAAAGAUUUUAUGUACAUUGGAGGACAUUCAAGUGCCACCAUCCAAUAAAGGAAGUUAAAAAUCUUUCAGCGAUCACUGCGCAAACAUCGUUCGAGUUGUAUGAAUUGGAUUAUCACUGCAGCUACAAAGUGAAUGUCAACGCUUCUGGGGACACACUCACUCCGGAUUCAGAAUAUAUUCUUACAGUACCAAGUUGUGAAUAUUUCCAACGAAAAAUCAAUGCAACCAUUCACUGUAAAACUUGA